CUCACAAAUUUUAAAUUUAUGUCUCUUUCUUCAACCUCCGUCUCUCUCUCUUGUUCCUCUCAAGUGUGAACUGUGAAGUGGCCGCCGCCUCGAAAGGACCACAAAUUUCCGGCCACACAUCCGUCGAUCGAGUUGAUUUUUAUUUUAACUUGAAAACUCAAACCAGAUAAUGCUCUGUUCAUCUCUUAGUACUUCGAUCUCCUACUACAGUUUUCUGAAUCGAUUAAAUUAGGGCUUCAAAUCAUCCUCUAAUGGUAUCGGCAGAGAACAAUUCUCCAACGGCGGCGCUUACGGCAUCUUCCACGCAAGGAGUUGAACUCGAGAGCAUGGACGCCGUGGCUCCGCUGAAGAAGAAGCGGAAUCUACCAGGAAUGCCAGAUCCUACGGCGGAGGUGAUAGCUCUGUCGCCGAAAUCGCUUCUAGCUACGAACCGAUUCGUGUGCGAGAUCUGCAACAAAGGAUUCCAGCGAGAUCAGAACUUGCAGCUUCACCGACGCGGCCACAACUUGCCUUGGAAGCUCCGACAGCGGACGAGCAAUGAGAUUCGUAAACGAGUUUACGUCUGUCCGGAGGCGUCUUGUGUCCAUCACAAUCCGGCUAGGGCACUCGGCGAUCUCACCGGUAUCAAAAAGCACUACUCCAGAAAGCACUGUGAGAAAAAGUGGAAGUGCGAGCGGUGCUCGAAGAAGUACGCCGUUCAAUCGGAUUGGAAGGCGCAUAUGAAAACCUGCGGAACAAGAGAGUAUAGAUGCGAUUGCGGAACUUUGUUUUCUAGGAGAGAUAGUUUCAUCACGCAUCGAGCCUUUUGCGACGCUUUGGUGUUCGCAAGCACGAAUUCCAACGCGAUGGUCCCCGCGGCAGCGGCAGUUGGUUCUUCGCCACCGGCGCCGCCACUGACGCCAUCUACCACCGUGCUAUCUCCUGCUCUGUCGAUUCAAAGCUCAGAACCACCGGACAAUCCCAUCGGACCUCCGCCAUUAACACCUCCAGUCACAGGCCUAACCUCACCCACCGCCUCCAACAUAAACGGCUGUGGCAUCAGUGGUGGUACAAGCGUUUUCGCUGGUGUAUUUGCUUCUCCUCCUAUUAGUGCCCAAAAUCCACCCCAUCAAAUCACCACCUCCGGCAACCGGUCAGACGGCGUCAAUAAUCCCCAAACCACCGCCAUUGAAUCCACAUCGCUCUCUCUCUCAAUGUCUCUCUUCCUCUCCUGCACAGCCUCAGCCUCGGGCUCAUCCCUCUUUCAGGAACAUCCACCACAUUACUCCUCAUCACCCCAGCCCGCCGCCAUGUCCGCCACCGCUUUACUACAGAAGGCUGCCCAAAUGGGCGUCACCGCCUCCAACGCCGCCUCUUUUCUCCGAGGCUCCGGGCUCUCAAUAUCCCCGUCUCCCAGCCAAGCCACUUUUGCCUCCAUGACGGCUGGGCUGGAACUUGGAUUUGGAAACGAGCCUGCCACACGAGAUCUCCUUGGACUUAGCAUGGGCGGCGCAACCCCCGGCAGCGGUUUUUCGGGUCUUUUUACGUCCUUUGGUGAAGCUGCUGCACCUUACGGUGGCGGCGGCGGCGGCGGGAGUAAUGGUUCGUAAAAUCAACUGUUGUGUAAUGUGUAUAACAGCUGUUGUUUAUUUUGGUGUACAGAAAACGAAGACAUGCAGCUAGCUGCUGGGGUUACCACGUGGUACUACCAUAAUUCUUAAAUUUUGUUUCAUAUAUUGUCGAAUAAUUAUAUAUUAUGUCCCUUUUUCCAUUAACUUA